UUCAUAAAUGCGUUUGCAUGUAUUGUAUAAAUUAAGCUAAUGUAUUGCGUCAAUUCCAUUAAAUUUUAUAACACAUUACGUUACAGGAAGUACUUGUGAAAUGUUUUGUGAUUAUUCCAAUUUUUAAUAAAUAUCUGUUAGUUCACACCCCAAUUGCACAUACGUGCAAGUAUAGAGGUAUGACUUGAUGAUUUAUUUUAUAACAUUUAUUAAAGCGAUGUGGAGAAGUGCUUUUAGUGAAAUUUCUUCCAGGAUAAUACUCUUUAAGUUUGACCACACUUUUGCGUUUUGAGGUUUUUUACACCUUUUAAGCAAAAUGGCUUUACCUUUUCAAUUCAACGUAAAAACUAUCAUUGAAGAUGGACGAACCACAGAAAGUGACAUUAGUGCUAUUAAAACCUGGUUGAAAACAACGUCUUUGCCUCCCCUUCAGGAACAAUUUAUCGUUUUAUUUCUUCUGUCGUGCUCGAAUGAUCUUGCUUCUGUUAGAAAUACAAUCGAAUAUUAUUUUAAGGUGAAGAAUGAAGCACCGCAAAUUUUCAACGAUUGUGACUUGGAGAACACAGACAUGAAAAAAAUCUUAAGUGUAGCGGGAUUUUGUAUUCUUCCUAGAAGAAUGGAUAAUAACACUGCAGUUAUUGUGGUAAAGCUGAUUGAUACAAAUUAUCGGAACUGUGAUGUUAUAUCUGUGACCAAGCUGGGUAACAUGUUGCUACAUCUUAGUCAAAUUUAUGAUCCUCCAAAUGAAGUUACUCUGGUUAUGGACAUGAAAGGGAUUGGUUUAAUGCACCUCACGUGCAUCAAAAUGAGAGCAAUGUUGUCAGAACUUGCAUACGUCCAGGAAGGAGUGCCUCUAAAAGUACGAGAAAUUCACAUACUGAAUGCUAACUAUAUAUUUUACCGAAUGUUGGAUUUAUUUAAAAUGUUUAUCAAAAACGAAUUGUUGCCAAAGUUACAGAUUAGAGCACAUUCUGCUAAAGACGAUUUUCAAGAGUUCCAUAAAUAUGUGCCUGCGUUCGUUUUGCCGAAAGAAUAUGGUGGAGAAUUAGCGUGUUUUGAUGAAAUUAUGAAAGGAACGCUUGAAAAGCUUGUGGAAAACCAAGCAUUUUUUAAAGCUGAAGAAGAAAUGAGAAAAUUUAAGUAGUUAUUCGGUCGAUGCAAUCCUUAUUUAGUUCUUUAAGUUUCACUUAUAGUUAAUGUAGGUAUCUUAUAAUAUGUUGUAUUUUUCACAAAAAAAAAAACAAUCAUAUUUA